UUUCUAUACGCGAAGAAAGUCAUCCGGAAGUGAGGACCUUAAGAACUGAGCAUGGUUUUGUGUGCAGUUUUUAUUAAUUGAUUUUAUUUGUAAAUGAAAGAAAUAUCCGUUUGAUAGGCUUUUAAGUGGUAUAAUGCACUGUUACGUUCAAAUGCCAAAUUCGUCACUUUCUUAAAUGAAACCGGUGUAAAUCUGUGGCUCUAGGAAUCUUCUGAAUAUUGUCAUGGCCCAAGUAACAGAUGGAGGAGUUGUGUCAUCUGACACUCAGUUCCCUUAUCAGUCCACAGAUUCGUGUGAAAGGAUUUUGUCAGAAGAAGAGAUCGAGAAAUUGAAGAAUGACCCGGUUUUGGUGUCGGAUUUUAAGCAGCAGAAGUUGGAGGUUGAUGCUCAGAAAAACUGGGACUUAUUUUACAAAAGGAAUACUACAAACUUUUUUAAAGACAGACACUGGACAACAAGGGAAUUUGAGGAACUUAAAGCUUGCAGAGAAUUUGAGGCCCAGAAGUUGGUGAUGCUGGAGGCUGGAUGUGGAGUUGGCAAUUGCAUCUUCCCUUUGUUGAAAGAGGAUCUCAAUAUCUUUAUCUAUGCAUGUGACUUUUCACCUCGAGCCAUACAGUUUGUGACGGAAAACUCUCUGUACUGUCCAGAGCGAUGUGUGGCAUUUCAGUGUGACCUGACGAAAGACGACCUUCGUGCCACCAUUUCAGAAAACACCCUCGAUGUUGUCACUCUGAUUUUUGUUCUCUCAGCUAUUCACCCAGACAGAAUGGAACAAGCCUUGGAAAACAUUUAUCGGGUAUUAAAACCAGGAGGAAUUGUCUUGUUCAGAGACUAUGGACUUUAUGACCACGCCAUGCUGAGGUUUAAGUCAGGCAGCAAGCUCGGGGAGAAUUUCUAUGUGAGACAAGAUGGCACUCGUUCCUUUUUUUUCUCCAGAGAAUAUCUGGCCGAUCGGUUUCAGAGGGCAGGGUUUCAGACUCUUAUAAACGAAUACGUUUUGCGAGAAACUGUGAACAAAAAGGAAGGACUUUGUGUUCCACGAGUAUUUGUCCAAAGUAAAUACCGCAAGCCUGAAUGACUUUUGUUCAUCCUUGAUUUAUAGAGAAAAACAUGUAAUUUGUUAAAUAUAAACCCUAUUUUUAUGCAUUGUGAGUCAGUGUAAUUUUUAUUAAUUAAAUAGUGUCAUAACUGUGAUCAAGUGUCAAAUAAAUGAAAUAUUUUGUAUGA